AUGGCAGACGCUUCUACAGCCACCCAACCCCAGGCUCAACAGCAGCAGCAGCAACAGCAACAGCAACAGCCGAUACAGCAAGGGCUAACUAGUGCUUCCCCCGCGCAAGCAGUCGGUCCUACACAAGCUCCUCCUCCUCUUCCUGAGGGAUGGAUCGCUCAAUGGGAUCCAAAUAACCAGCGCUACUACUUCGUCCAGCCGUCUACCGGCACCACCCAGUGGGACGUCCCACAGGGUUCUCCUAUCACUAGCUUCAGCGGAAACACAACCGCUACAAGUCCUCACCCCACCGGAACCCCUCAGCAGCAAACCCCGCAGGCUACCUCGCCUGGCCAACAACAGCCAACCCAGUACUUCGACCCCAACGCUACUCCUCAAAACCAAUACAACCCUCAGAGUUAUACUCCACAAACCCAAGGAACUCCUACUUACGAUCCUAAUGCUGCUCCUGCUUACGAUCCUAAUGCUAAUCCACAGCAGUAUACCCCUGGUCCUCAAGACCAGACUGCUCGUGCCGGUGGCCUUGGAGGUGCAUUCAACCUUGCUAGCGGUCUUCUAGGUAGCGGCGGGAAGAACAAGCAGAGUCACGGAUCCAGUGGUGGUGGACUUGGUCAAGUUGCCAAUCUUGCCGGAAGCCUCCUUGGUGGUGGAAAGAAUAAGCAGAGCGGUCACGGAUCGAGCGGUGGUGGUGGUGGAGGCGCCUUUGGCCAAGUUGCCAGCCUUGCUGGUGGUCUUUUGGGCGGUGGAAAGAAUAAACAGAACCACGGAUCUUCCGGUGGCCAUGGCAGUGGCCAUGGCAGUGGCGGUGGUUUGAUGGGUAUGGCUUCUGGGUUCUUGGGUGGACAUGGAAGCCAGUCCGCCCAUAGCCAGCAGGCCGGUAUUGCACAGCAGUAUGGACAUCAAGGACAGUCGACUUAUCAAGGACAUGCUACAUAUGGUGGUCAAAACCCGGUAUACCAACCACCAGGCGCUCAAAACUAUGGUCAGUAUGGUGCUCCAAGCCCACAAGGUGGACCACAGGGCCAGUAUUCCGCUCCACCUCAACAACAAUAUGGCAGUGCUCCACCCCAGCAGCAAUACGGCGCGCCCCAGACUUACCAGGCCCCAGGCCAGCAGCAGUACGGUGCUCCCCCUCCACAGCAAGGAUACCAAAUCCCUGGUCAACAGCAAUAUGGUGCUCCAUCUCCACACGGUGGCCCAUCCCCACACGGUGGUCAACAUGGUGGUCCAUCUCCAUAUGGUGGGCCGCAGGGUGGACCGUCGCCACAAUACCAAGCGCCUGGAGGCUACGCUCCACCCGGACCUCAGGGCCAGCAAGGCUUUGGAGGUGUCCCCCCUGGAGGAUAUGGGCCUCACUAA